CACAGGUGGAUGCUGGGAAGCGGACCAGCUCGGAGGAGAUGUUACCACUGGCCCAGUUUGGGGUGCUGUCGGCCCUGGCCACCGCGCUCACCUCUGUCUUGUCCGCACUCUUGCUGCUGGCGCUGACCCGGCAGCUGUGGAGCCUCCGCUGGAGUCUGACCCGGGACAAAGAGAGCAGCCUGCCGCUGCCGAAGGGCUCCAUGGGCUGGCCGCUGGUCGGAGAAACUUUCCACUGGCUGUUCCAGGGUUCAAACUUCCACAUCUCGCGCAGGGAGCGCCAUGGCAACGUGUUUAAGACCCACCUGCUAGGGAAGCCCGUCAUCCGGGUGACGGGCGCGGAGAACAUCCGCAAGAUCCUGCUGGGCGAGCACAGCCUGGUGUGCACCCAGUGGCCCCAGAGCACCCGCAUCAUCCUGGGACCCAACACCCUGGUCAACUCCAUCGGAGACCUGCACAAGAGGAAGAGAAAAAUCCUGGCCAAAGUAUUUAGCCGGGGGGCUCUGGAGUCCUACCUGCCCCGGCUGCAGGAUGUCGUCAAGUCUGAAAUCGCCAAGUGGUGCUUGGAGCCAGGUGCCAUCGACGUUUACAGUGCCGCCAGGUCCCUGACGUUCCGUAUCGCCAUCAGGGUCCUGCUGGGUCUGCAGCUAGAGGAGGAGCGGAUAGUCUACCUGGCCCAAAUUUUCGAGCAGCUGAUGAACAACCUCUUCUCGCUCCCAAUAGAUGCUCCGCUCACUGGGUUACGCAAGGGGAUAAAAGCCAGAGAAAUCUUGCAUGCCAACAUGGAGAAAAUCAUUGAAGAAAAGAUGGAGCGGCAGCAGACGGAGGAGGAAUAUCACGAUGCCUUCGACUACAUGCUGUUCAGCUCCAAGGAGCACGGCCAUCAGCUCAGCAUCCAGGAGCUCAAGGAAACAGCAGUAGAGCUGAUAUUCGCCGCUCACUCCACCACAGCCAGCGCAUCCACAUCGCUGGUUCUGCAGCUUCUUCGCCAUCCAGCGGUGGUUGAGAGUGCCAGAAUGGAGCUGGAGGCCGAGGGCCUCGGCCACGAAUCCAAUAGCAGUCACAGCCCAUCUGGUGUCACCACGGAGAAAGAGGAGGAGGAUGCUAAUACGGAGACAACCUACCUGCUGAAUGGAGGCUGUCAGAAUCACCAGAAUCACAGUGGUGGUUUUCCACAGUCCCAGUCUCAUAUACCCUACCUGAGCCUGGACAAGCUGAGCCAGCUGCGCUACAUCGACUGUGUUGUGAAAGAGGUGCUCCGCUUCUUGCCGCCAGUCUCCGGUGGUUACCGAACAGCCCUACAGACAUUUGAAUUAGACGGCUACCAGAUCCCCAAAGGCUGGAGUGUAAUGUACAGCAUCCGGGACACCCAUGAGACUGCAGCGGUGUUCCAGAGCCCGGAGCUCUUUGACCCAGACCGGUUUGGCCCAGACCGGGAGGAGAGUCGGUCGUCCCGGUUUAGCUACGUGCCAUUCGGUGGUGGCGUGCGGAGCUGCAUUGGAAAAGAGCUGGCACAGAUCAUCCUAAAGACUCUGGCUGUGGAGCUGAUUGGGACUUGCAAAUGGACUCUGGCCACGGAGAACUUUCCCAAGAUGCAGACAGUCCCGAUAGUGCACCCAGUAAACGGGCUGCAUGUGCAUUUCACAUACAACUACCCACUUUAG